UUACAGUAUAGAUGGUAUGAACUUGAGUCCAGUCAUUACUCAAUUUGAAAACGUCCGCUUUCGCUUUCGGGAUCCGAAACAGCAGAUCAGAAGCUCGGCAAUAUAAAAUUUCCCUCGCCACUUGGAACUCACUUAUCACAUGUUGCCUUUGCCCACCAACGCGUGUCCUGCUACAUGCCUCUUUCUCUGUUUCACAACCAAACGUGGUGCCUUCAUGCAUCCCCCCACUCCACUCUUCGGGGCUUGUAACACUCCCAUAUACCUUUCUUCCUCACCCAAUAAAGUCUCCUCUCCCUAGUCCCUUCCGGCCUUCCUCUCGACCUCCACCGACCAGACACUAGUAGCAGACUAGAGCAAAUCAUCAAAAUCCACUAUUUAUUUCCUUUCCUUUCAUUGUUGUUUUGUUUUCUGCCUGGUAAUCAAUCUGAUGUGAAAAUUAUUGAGAACCAACUUCCAUACCGAAACAAAUAAAAACCCGAGCAAAAGCCCGUACAAGUAGAAACAGCAAAGCUCACAGCGCAAUAAAACAGAGAAUUGGAGAGACAUGUCGGGGGUAUCUGUCGCCGUGUCUUCUUGGAAGGAGCCGGAGACGACCACAUCAGCCACCGGCACGAAAGCGCAGCAGAAGCCCAUCCAACAGCAACCACAGGCAUCGGCACCCAUGGGGGGAGUUAUGGGUUCAUUGCGGGUAAUAGAGCUCCAACUAGUAGCCUUCAUCAUGGUCUUCUCCGCAAGUGGCCUCGUCCCAAUCUUAGACUUGAUAUUCCCGGCCUUCGCCUCGGUCUACCUCCUACUACUUUCACGACUUGCCUUCCCUGCGCACGGCAGUACAAUGGCGGGGUCAGAAGAGAUCUUCCAGGGGAGCAAGUUGUUCCGGCUCUACGUGGUGUUGGGUACCACCAUAGGGCUGUUCUUACCGUUGGCUUACGUUCUGGGAGGGUUCGCCAGAGGGGAUGACCACGCCGUCCGCUCUGCCACGCCGCAUCUGUUCUUGCUCUCCUUCCAGAUACUGACGGAGAACAUAAUAAGCGGGCUGUCCUUGUUCUCGCCGCCGGUGAGAGCUCUAGUUCCGUUACUUUAUACUGUGAGAAGGAUCUACAUCAUCAUCAAUUGGAUAUUCGAUGUCUGGCUUAACAAGACCUUGCCUGCUAAUGCACAACUUAAGGAUGUUGCGUGGCUAUGGUUUGGAAAGGGCUUGGCUGUUGCAAACUUAGCGUAUUUCUCCAUCAAUCUCUUUGGAUUUUUGAUUCCUCAGUUCCUUCCAAGGGCGUUUGAGAGGUAUUUUAAGGAAAGGAAUGAAAUCCACUCUAAGAUGGCAGAACACAAGCGGUCCGCAGCCAUGAACAAAGCACAAUCAACACCUACCGAGUCAAAGAAGGCUGAUUGAUCAUUGUCAAGUGAAGUGUGUUAAAGGCCAUCACAAUGGACAAAGCUUUCGUUUAUAUUGUAUGGUCUUUGAACUUGGUAAUGGUUUUGCUUUUUAGUAGUCUAGUGAUCCAUUGGCAUAGCUAGGUGAUAAACUUUAUUCAGUUUGUGGCUGUGUUGUUUUGGGUUUUGAAAUUUGAAGGACGACCUCUGUUAUUCCUUAUUUGAUGAAUUGACUUCUUCUUUUCUUCCU